CUUUCUGAAAGCUAAGCUGGUUGAAUGUCCCAAGCGCUCCAUGUGUAAAGUGACCUCUACAUUCACCACCAAAGACACCCAAAUGUGGCUGUAGCGGCUCUGUCUUUUGCUCACAUGCACUCUUUCUAACAAGUCCCGAAACCGUCCGUGUUUUUCGAGAGGUUUCGGAGAGAGACAGACGGCCCUCAACUGAGGCAUCAAAGGCAGUGUCGCGUGCAUGAAGGAGAUGCUGGCGCAGAUGCCUCUAAGCUUGCGAUUCUCCCUGCACUAUUGCUGCCUCCUCUCUGGCGACCGAAGCACCGUGUCCCUCUUGUUGGAAGCCAAGGCGGACUUGGACGAGCGCUUCAAACUCUCGGUGCAGGAGAAGAGAACUUUGUGGCUGGCAUGGACUCUCCUGAGUUGGACCCACCGUGUAAGACCCUCACGGUUGACCUGGCUGGCGUAUCACUCCGACAACGCCACCCCUUUGAUGUUCAGCAUCUUAGCCGGUCGCCUCGAGGCCACGUCGGUGCUCCUGGCCGCGGGAGCCCAAGUGGAUCUUCGGAACUCGCGAGGCAAGACCGCGGCAGAGUUCCUGGCCGCGCCGCGCGCGGUGUCGGCCAUUCCAAGCCAACUCUUCUUCGAGGAAUCGGAGGACGAAGAGUCAGAGGAGAUGGUUUCGGAGUCUUUCUGAUGGGGAUGAUUUCAGAAAAUAGAGGAGCAUUAUACUGACCUUCAUGUCGAAGCCAUCUGAUACUCAGCACUGGAUCGGAGUACUUCUGAGAUCUUCUGCUUCCCCUUUGGGCCGCUGUUUCAAGCACAAGCUGAGAGCCGUGUGCACCGCGGCGUUUCGCUGCAGCGAAACGGCAGUUUUCGCGCCCGCGAAACCGCGCGUGCCUUUGGAGUUCGUGAGGUUUGAAGGAUGUUCCCCACCGAAAAAACCCAGCCCACCUGUUCCAAUAUG